AUGGAACACGUGAAGCCUAUCACACCUUUAAGAUUGGACGGAAACAUUGCCGAAAAUUGGCGCAAGUGGAAGCAGCGCUGGGUGCUCUAUGCUAAAGCCAGUGGAGUAGAUUCCAAAGAUGAGGAAACACAAUACCCAGUCUUCUUACACAAAAUCGGGGAAGAGGCCCUCGAAGUGUAUGAUACCUUCACCUUCACAGACGCUGAGGUGGAUAAGAUAGAACCCCUUGUGGCAAAGUUCAAGGCGUACUGCUCACCGAAAAAGAACGUUACAUAUGAACGCUAUCUUUUCUUUUCGUGCAUGCAAAAAUAGCCGGACAAUAAUAUUAUUGACGCUUUCAUAACUGAUCUUCGCAUGAAAGUGAAGACCUGCGAGUUUGGAACUCUCCACGAUAGUCUUAUCAAAGACAGGAUUGUAUGUGCAAUAGACAACAACAGUGUAAGGGAGCAGCUACUACGCAACACUGAGCUUACACUUGAAGUUGCAAUUGACACCGUGCGAGCCACAGAAACGAGUAAAACUCAGAUAGAAACCCUGACUAAUUCAGCCUUAGAAGCAGCAGCUAUCAACGUUGGCCAAAAACAAAACCAGAAAACAAAACCUCCGCUAAGAAAACAGCCUCCAAAACCAACAGAGCAGAAACAGAGUAAAAAGCCAUGUGGUCGUUGUGGCUCUCACCACAAACCAAGAGAAUGCAAAGCAUUCGGUACUACAUGCCACAGAAAAAAUCAUUUUGCCCAAAUGUGCUUCACCAAAAGCCCAGAUUCUGACCACCAAAAGCUUCACGAGGUCGGGCAACAAUCAGACACCGACACACACAAAGAUCUCUUUCUUGGAGAGCUAGAGUCAUCGCAGAAAGACAAGGAUAAACUGUUCACAAAUUUAAACGAGAAUGAUAAAAAAAAAACGUUUCAAAGUAGACACAGGUGCACAAUGCAACGUUAUUCCGGAACAUGCUUUUAA